AGCAGGCAUUUCACAACAGAAAUCUUCUGACUGCUUUAUUAGGACAGACAACAGUUUUCAGUCUCACUAUAGCCUAUAGCGCGCUAUUUUAAACACGAUUAGUUUUUGUCAUCCCUUUAGCUGCAGAUCGCGUUUCAUGAUGUUUUAAAUAGCUGCGCAUUCAGGUAUUACAUUAAUGGCUUAUAUAAAAUAGAAAUUCAUCAGGCAUAACGUUUAGAGGAGGAUCUGCAUCAACUGAAUCUAUUCAAUGAUCUGGCAGAGAAAUGCAGCCAAGCCAGUUUCGUCUGCACUGGAGCAGAAAUGCGUGUUUUGUAAGCUGGCUUUGCUGAGAUGCGAAAAACUUUAGCGUAUUUGUUAGGCUCAUUGAUAACAAGAAGACGUGGCUGAUCUCAGAAAGUCACUGGGAAAGAUGAACUGGGAGUGAACCAUUCUCCGAUGAUAGCUAGGGAAUUAGGAUACAUUUGCAUUUUCCUGCAAGCAUCUGCGAAAAACAAACCCCUUUCCAUGGGAUUUCGUUUCUGUACAACUAAAACGAGACCCUGAAAAGAAAGUUUUCAUUUUUUUUUACUUCAAUUAAGGACUACUUUUAAGUUCCUUUCUACAGCGAGAUAUGAGGAAACAUGUCUGAAAGCUAAGAAAAAGUUGUGCUUAAUGUAUAAAUUGCAUCCAUAAAAAUGGAACAGCAACAUUCAACACCUGACCGCAAAAACAUGGAUAAAUGCUUAAGACGUCUGAAGCAAGAGCUGCUGUCUAUGCGGGAGGCUGGAGAUGGACUCCAUGCUCAGAUGAAUUCCAUGAUGGGUGCGCUACAGGAACUCAAAAUUCUGCAGCUACAGACUGUACUGGAACAGCUGGAAAUCUCAGGAAAGCCAAGUCAUUCACCUUUACCAAACAAUCGGAUGUUCUGCUCCCCUCCACUGAGCCACCCCGGUACCCCGCCCCCAAAGCCAUGCCAGCCUCAGGUCAGUUUAUCUCAAGGACGAGACCAGCCUCUGCAUAGGAGCGGUCUAGGAAAGAUGUCUUCUACUUCAUGCCACCAGUUACCCCCAAAAAGGUUACUUGGAGAAAGUAUGUGUUCGCAGGACAGCAGCCAUUGCUCACUACCAGUCCCUCAAGGAAUGGUGUCCUGGAGCACACCUGAGCUAGCUCAAGCUGUGGAUUAUCCAAGAAACCCACAAACCCUCCAUCAGACUUCGCAGUCACUGGAGAGGGACUCUAAUGUGAGUAGCACUGAUGACUCAACUGACUGGACCUCCACACUCAUGAGCUGUGGACGCAACCGACAGCCACUAGUCCUAGGUGACAAUGUCUUUGCUGACCUGGUGGGCAACUGGCUAGACCUGCCAGAGCUGGGCAAGCGGGCACCGGCUGAAAAUCAGGAAGAAGAGGAAGAGCCAGCUCUCCCUCUGCCGCUCAGCCGCUCUCAGGAGAUCUACCGUCGAUUCUCCCUCACCACCAAUGUCUUCAAGAAGUUCUUGCGCAGUGUGAGACCUGACAAAGACAAGCUUUUGAAGGAGAAACCUGGCUGGAUGCCUCUGGACAACCCUGAGGCGGAACUUUUAAAGAGACCCAAGAAAGUUAAUAAGCCUAAGGGGACAUUCUAUCUUCCCUUUCGCUCUGGUUCAUCUGGACAGCAGGGGAAGAACAUAUUGGGGAGAUUGGAGGGGACAAGCCAGACAACAGGAAUGUACACUAAUGGGAGGCAGUCAGAAAUUGCAGGGCAGAUACAGCCUGGGUUUGAUUACAGCACAGUUGUCUGGGUCUGAUGAAGUUCAAUUUUUUUUGCUCUCUGAGGGCCACACGUCUAUAAUUGUUCGAACUAUUCACAUUGAUCUGUUAUCAAAGAGAAUGCAUAAUUUGCUCUAGUAACAAAAAUUUCCCAUGCCGUCCUUGAAGAGAUUUUAUGGAUGCUUAUGUGGAGUCUUACACUUGCCGGUUUUUAACAGUACCUUGGGAGAGAACAUUGACAUCAGCUGAAAGUCAGGCAGCACGGAGCUCAUGCAUGCAGAAGCUGAGCAUAAACUCCAAAGAAGGAGCUGGCACAGUGAUUGGGCUUUUUCAGUAAAUUAUUCCUGUUCCCUUAUUGCUAGGGAAGCUAAUUUAGGAAUCUAGAUGAAAUCUUGUCUGUGUUCAUACCUUUUAUAUGCUCGUGAAUCAGUAAUUGUAUAUGUAAACAUAAAUAGCCAACUUUCAUAAAUUCUUCUCUAGUUUUACACUGAUGUUGAAAAGCUACCGCUGUUUUCAAGCCAAAGCACACAUUAUAAUUAUAUUAAAGUGCUAAGGAGUAAGUGUGACGUCAGCUCUGAUUAAGGUAAGGACAGUACAGUUUCCUCUGCAGAUUUAGUUGUAAGAGCCCUGCCAGUGCCUUAGAGCUGUGUGCCCCCACCAGCAGACUCCCUCCCUAGUGGACGUGAUGAAUGCCUCAGGAACAAGCUGCGUAACUACAGCCUCCAAGCAAAGCGGCCAGUUCUCUCCCUGUUACUGGGGAGGAAUCACUGGACCGCAGGAGCUUUUGCAGUACAUUAGGAGACUAAUGUAUGUUAGUCUCUUACAGGACACACACUGAAACAUCACUUUGCUCAGUCCUUUCAAACUGAAUGAAGUACUGUUAUCACUGGGCGUAUGUGAAGGUAAUACUAUUCAAGGUGGUAUUGUGUAAUUUGUAACAUUAAAUAACUGUAAAUACAUACUUAAUUCAGCAGUUCCUUUUAUAUAUUAGGCUAAAAAUUCCGGAGAUUCUGAAACUGAUGGUUUCUUUUCUUGUACUAGUGCAAUUGUAAAUCUUCCCCUUUCCCUUGAACCUCACAUGGGCAUUGGGUGCUUAAUUCCACUUAAGGUUGUACAAAUAAAUACUGUUUCACACAAGCUAAAGAAAACAAAAUGAAAAGGGUGAUCAAUAGACUUCACUGAUCUGCAUAUUCCUUCUAAAUCAUCAAUGUUACCUGUGAAAGUGAAAAUGGGGUUUUUAAAGAUCUGUGUCAAUGUACCGAUUUUUCCAUCUAACAAAUGCAUGUGAAAACUUACAGUUUGAAUAUGCUUCUUUAUUGACAUGUAAAACAUCAUUGCUGCAGAAAUUGGUCUCGUUGCUUCUUUGCAUCUGAAAACUUCAUUCCACUUUGAAUAAAUUUUGAAAGUAAAAACGGAAAGCUUA